GGGACGCAUGCGCACAGCUCGUGUUGCGGUACAGACGCGGAGGUCGACAGCAACCGUCAUCUGGAGAAAACAGAUAUUAGUUACACUUUUGAGAGAAACUGAGAAACAUGAACCGUGAAGGACUAUUUCGAUUAUAACAGGAUUUCUAUUAUAAGAGAGGAAGUCUGGGAAAUGGCACAAUCAAUAAUACUGAACUCGCCUUCGUCACGUGGUCAAACCUGACCAAUGGGAGGGACCCAAAUACAGUGGAUAGUAUGCUCUUUGUUCGUGUAGUUUUCUAACUUUAUCCCCUGAUCUGAGCCUGAAAGUCGGUACAGAUCAUGGAGGGUGGCUGCCGAGGGAAGGUUUUAUGAAAAAGGACGCGUUGUGGAUGUGUUUUAUUGCAGUUUUUUUUGCGCAGUGCCACGUGUUCAGUUUUGAUGAACAGUGCUCGGGCAUAUUUCAUCACAUGACUCCCCUCCCCCACCCGGCGCAGGGAAUGGGGGAAGAAGGCGGACAUGUUGGAGGGAAAUGUGUUGGUUAAAGAGUACCGAGGUGGAAGACAAGAAGAUUAUUUCAAGAACGGUUUCGGUUUAUUUUGGGAUUUACCAUUCGACAACUGUGUUGAUUUUAAAUUCAAGGUUUUUCAUGUCAUACUUUGAAAAUAUUUAUUUAUUAUUAUUUUGGAUAAUUUAACUUUUUGAAUCGUUGUCUAUUUUGUGGUUGUACAGCGUUAAGUUGUAAAAACUUACAUAAUUUAAUGUUGUAAGAACAAAGUAUUACUUUCAUCGUUUAUUUGAAUUUGAGUGACAUUGUAGGGGAUUUGUAACCUUGGUGUGGGGGAUGGGCGCAUGUGGUUAGGUAACCAUUUUGUGAGGUUGUUCAGUUGAUGAGAGUUUCAGUCGGGUUUACAGAUAAGUUAUUGUAAAGGUUCAUUAAUUUGGUAACUGUAAUUUUUAAAAUAGCGUUGGUUUUGGUAACAAAUUUUUGUAAUGCCUCAGAGGUCAGGGGUGGUAUUUGUUUUUUCACCCACAUGAAAGAUUAAUUGCCUAUGUGAUUUCCUUUACCUUAAAUUAUUGUGAUUUGUUCAGUUGGUUGGACAAAAACUACCCUAAAUUUGAUUAGCUGUGUUUUGAGGUGAGUGAGGAAAACUGCUGUGUCAUUCAGUGGAUGGUUGGUUCUUAUGAUCCUUUUAGGUGUGGCCUUUUUAUUGUUGGUUUAAGUAUAUGUAGACCACAGCCUCGUCGUUAUACAGGGUUAAAAUUUUAAGCUUUGUCCUUGUACUACUUAGGUUUGUAAGCAAUGGAGGCCUUGUUUCACUGUGGUGAGUUCUCAAGUUGUUGCCCUUUUCAGCAGCAGACGAGGCUGGCUAUUUCAGUCGUGUUUUGUAAGUAAAAUUUGUAUGUUUUAUUAAUGGUUUGCAUGACUUAUUGUAAAUAUUUCGAUUGGAAUACUCGGUUUUACUAUACUUAAAGAUGGCGGCUGUGCGCUUCUUCUCAAAGACAGAAAUGCGGAUAUUCUGGUAAGCAGAGAGCUUGUGGGGAGAGGUUCUUGGCCCUUGAGGGGUACGCGUGACCCGGUUGAAGAACCAAUAGGCUUCUCGAUAUUUAUCCUGGAAGCCCGCGUUGCAACCGUAUCGACCAAUUACUGUCGUCGCUUUGCGCACGUUGACGUAAUGUAAUAUGAGAAGGAGGAGGGUGGCUUCAGUGCCCUUCCAUUUUGUGCGGGAUCACACGAGGAGCCAGUUACGGGCAACGUUUCUGUAAUACUGAAUAGACUGAGCCAAUAGUAUUGUGCAGUUUCCUUGACGGACAGUUGAAACUUGCGAAUAGGUUGGCCCGAAAAGCUGUAAGUGAAGCUCAAGCUUCUAGGGGUGUGGUGAGUUUGACGGAUGUCGUAAACAUCCAAUUGGACCUCAGAGGGCGUGGACAUUCUGGCGCUGUCUAUCCAAUAAGGCGGACGGUAGGUCUAUAAGAGAGCGGGUGUAGUCGCAUCGUCGCCAUUUCAACGAAGUAAAUUCGAAGGAGUUCGCUGUGGCGGGGAGCGGAGAAAACUGACGAACAGAGACGGAUCCUGGUUUGAGUCUAUCUUAAAACACAAUCCGGAUCCAUCCUGAUGGAUAUGGCUGUUAAUCCGCCCCUUGACAGUUCUCAUGUCGGGCUUGAGGUUGGCAUGAUGGGAGUCACACCGAUGGACCAGGGUUCUGGCACAGCUGGAAAACGCAUCCGAAAACCCUCAUUGCUCUAUGAGGGUUUUGAGAGUCCCGGGUUGCCCCCUGUCAGUCAGAUGACCCCUUUGGGACCCCCACAACCCCCGGUGAAAGACCCCACCCGACUGGGAAAGAUGACCAACCAACUUCAGUUCCUACAGAAAGUCCUGCUCAAGUCUUUGUGGAGGCACCACUUUGCCUGGCCCUUCCAUGAACCCGUGGACGCUGUCAAACUCAACCUUCCUGACUAUCAUAAGAUCAUCAAAAAUCCCAUGGACAUGGGCACUAUCAAGAAGAGAUUAGAAAAUAACUACUAUCGCAGUGCCAGUGAGUGCAUGCAAGACUUCAACACCAUGUUUACCAAUUGCUACAUUUAUAACAAGCCCACAGAUGACAUUGUAUUGAUGGCCCAGUCUCUGGAGAAGGCAUUCCUGCAGAAAGUGGCUCAGAUGCCUCAGGAGGAGUUAGAGCUGCCUCCUCCCCCUCCGCGGAUUAAACCAGGCAAACCGGGCAGAAAAGGCCGAGUGUCUGGAGGAGUGACAACCGCUCAUCAGGUCCCAGCUGUCUCCCAGUCAGCCUACUCACCUCCCACCCCAGAAACACCUGACUCCAUCCUCUCUACCCCUCCACAGACACUUGUGAGCAAGAGCUUGCCCCCUGUGCUUACAAAUGAACAGAGCAUCCCUACCAUUACAGGUCUGCUUCCCACACAGCCCACUGCUAAGAAAAAAGGUGUGAAGAGGAAAGCAGACACAACCACCCCAACCACUGUAGCCAUGCCCAUCAUGAGCACCAUGGGUGUCAGCGGCAUCAGCCUGGGGCUGGGCAGUGGACACAACUCGCCGCUUACCCUGACUUCUCUUGGGGUGGACCACAGCUCCGGCCUGGGGAUGAACCAAGGCCUCAGCCUCAGCCAGGGGAUGGGGAUGGGCAUGGGGAUGGGACUGGGGAUGGGGAUGGGCAUGGGCGUGGGCAUGGGCCGAGGGGCAGUGAUGAUGAGUACCAAAGCAGCAGCUGCGAGCAGGAGAGGAGUGAGUGGACGGCCCAUCAAACCUCCCAAGAAGGAUUUACCGGAUUCCAUACUGCCGCCACCAGUGCGCCGCAGCAAACUGAGCCCCCAGCUGCGCUACUGCAAUGGUGUCCUGAAGGAGCUCCUGUCGAAAAAGCACGCAGCCUACGCCUGGCCGUUUUAUAAGCCUGUUGAUGCCACGUCACUCGGUCUUCAUGAUUACCACGAUAUCAUCAAGCAGCCCAUGGACCUCAGCACCAUCAAGCUGAAGAUGGACGGCAGAGAGUAUCGUGAUGCCCAGCAAUUCUCUGCUGAUGUUAGACUGAUGUUCUCCAACUGCUACAAGUACAACCCCCCUGAUCAUGAUGUGGUGGCUAUGGCCAGAAAACUCCAGGACGUCUUCGAGUUCUGCUUUGCUAAGAUGCCAGAUGAGCCUCCAGCGCCACCUAGCUCCUCAUCUUCCUCCUCCUCCUCUUCAUCCUCAUCUGAGAGUGAGCUCAGCAGUGAAAGCGAGGAGAGCGAGAGCAGCCCCAGCUCUGACUCCGAGGAGGAGAGAGCAAACCGGCUGGCAGAGCUGCAGGAGCAGCUGAAAGCUGUUCACGAGCAGCUCACUGCACUUUCCCAAGGCCCCAUUGUCAAACCCAAGAAAAAGAAAGAGAAGAAAGACAAGAAAAAGAAGAAAAAGGUAGAAAAAGAUAAGCAUCGUAAGAUAGAGGAAGAGAUUCCACCUAUUAAGCCAGCCAAGACCCCCAAAAUCACCAAGACUCCAAAACCGAAGAGCAACCGAGCAGUGGGCUGCCCUGUAAUACCCAUUAAGAAGGCUCCGAGCAAGAAAAACAACAAGAGCAAGGCGAAAAAGGGCGGCAUGACGUUUAACAUGCCUCCGCCGGUCCACGAUCCCAUCGUGAGCCAUUUCGACUCCGAUGAAGAGGAGGAGACGGCACCCAUGUCGUAUGAUGAGAAGCGUCAGCUCAGCCUGGACAUCAACAAGCUGCCCGGCGAGAAGCUGGGCCGCGUUGUUUACAUCAUCCAGUCCCGCGAGCCCUCGCUCCGAGACACCAACCCCGAGGAAAUUGAGAUAGACUUUGAGACACUGAAGCCGUCGACACUGCGCGAGCUGGAGAGAUACGUCAUGACGUGUCUGAGGAAGAAACCUCGAAAGCCGUACGCAAGUAAAAAGAACAGUGCUGGCAAAUCCCGGGAGGAGCUCGCUCUGGAGAAACAAAUGGAGCUGGAGAGAAGGCUGAUGGACGUCAGUGGCCAGCUCAACUCCGGAAAGAAGCCUGUCAAGACCAAACCGGAGAAACCUGCAGCCGAGACCCACACCCAGCCAUCCCGUCUCAGCGCCAGCAGCUCCUCCUCGGACUCCUCUUCAUCAUCCUCUUCCUCCUCAUCCUCAGAUACAAGCGACUCAGACUCUGGCUGAGAAGCAGCGGGUUUCCGUGUGGCAGGGUCAUGUGAAGGACCCUGGGUGUUUCGCCUCUCACUGAGCGGACUGAACUGUAGUAGAGCUACUGACGGUGGAGCUGCAGGGCGAAGCAGACGAGACCAGCACCAAGCCGAACUGCUCGGGCUCAUCAAGUGUCAAACUAAGAAAGCGAGAGAUGGAGCUCUCCCUGCGCUCAGCUCAUUCAUCCAGUCCUGGACACAGAAAACUGGAGGGUGGAUGAAUGGAUGGAUCGUAGGAGACUCAUUGUAACGUCCGGCCGUUUUCUGGAGAACUGGCCUCGUUGGGCAGAGCAAUGGAUGCUCCAUCCCCUGCAGAUAGAGGAGAAGAGCAACGCAUGUGAUGGAGGGAUAAGGGUGCUAGAGCCAGAAUCUGUCUUAUUUCUGGAGAUAAUUUCCCUUCUUACCGUGCUCCCUGUCUUUACGCUGUAUAGAUAAGGUGUACAGUUAUAUAAAUAUCUAUUUUUCUUUUAUAAAGAAGCAUUUUAUGGAGCUAAUUUAUUCCCUCAUUCUGGGAAAGAUGUACUGGUGUGGGCGGAGUUGUUUUGUUUAGGUUUUUUUUUUUUUUUUUUGAGUGACAUAGAGGGGAAACGUGUGUGUUUGUGUGUUUGUGUCUCUGUAUGAAUGUGUCACGUAUGUGUUUGCAUGCACGUGCGUGAGUGUGUGAUCCAGCACCACAAGUGCAGCCUUUUGUGAAGUCCCUCAUAGUUUUGACGCAGGCGUUGAAAACCGGUCUGCACGCAGAAGCACCUUGGUUCAGUAGAAUACAGAAUGCAUGCAAUACAGAGGAGCUGACAAACAUCUGCAUACUUAUAUACUACUUCACUGCAUCCUUGUACUCAUGUACGUGUUUGAAAGGGUUGGCCACUGUACAGAAAUGUGACAUAGCUACACAUCAGUUUAUACGUAAAUAUUUCUGUUGGCUGUCUUUUUUUCAUCCCUUUUCAUUUCAAUCUCUCUGUAAAUGUGUUGCUUUUUUUUCUUCUUGUAACCAAUCUGCUAAUAAAUUGUGAGGACGUGUCUUGUCCGCUCACCUGUGCCCAC